GUCCCCUUGUCUCUUGCUGAGCAGAGCCAAGAAGAAGUGGAGAAGAAGAUCGGAAGCAGGAGAAGGAGCGGGAGUGCUGUAUGAUUUCGGAGCUUUGUCGAUUUCACUCUCUUCGAUCCUAUAGAGUCGAGACGCCCUAGGCAUUCGUAUCUCAAUUCUCUGUCUCUCUCUCUCUGUCUGUGACGAUUGAGUUGUUCCAGGCUUCUUUAACUCCAAGGGAAGCCAUUAAUUGGAGCUCUGAGGUUUUGUUGAGGAAACGACAACGGAUGGAGCCAACAAACAGCUCAAGCAGCGGUGCCGCCCGUACCUCAGGGUACAGCACCGCCAUUACCAUCGCCCCGGAGCCUACUUCUCCACGGCAAGAGGAUAUCAGCACCUUGACUUGCUUAACUUUCAACUAUAAGGAGAUGGCUGAGAGGUACCAUUGGCGCCUGCGGGAGGCAGCCAUGGAGGUUGCUGCUCUACGAGAAGAAAACGAAAUGCUUCGGGAGGCAAACGCGGAUCUCACGCGGAAGCUCAGCAUGUUCAACAGCUCGUUCUGGAGUCAAGGAUACCUCGCUUAUCCUGCCUCCUCUUCUGUUCCUUUUCUCGCUGAAUUCCAGCGGCUCAACAUUGAAGAUGACACCCUGGGAGGAGGGCUUCCUGCUGGAUUGACGGACAGCAGUCCAACGAGCGUGCUGAGCUUCGAGGAACCUCCCCCCAUCGAUAAUGCGCGCAUGGUAGCGGCGGCGGAGUCGACGGGGACGAGCGGCACCGGUCGUAUCGCACUUCCGAAAAGCAUAGCUAUUCGAUCGGCAGGGUUCCUGAAAAUGAGCCAGCCAGGCAGGAGCGGGAGAAUCUCAAAUCACCCGAGCCGAGUCCGACUCUCCAGUCCGGUUUCUGGGAUGAGGGUUCGCGUUUCGAGCGGGAAGGAGGAGGCGUCUGAAGUGGAGGUGGAGGCAUUCAAGCAGGGGACAUUCAAGACCGAGUUAUGCAACAAGUGGCAGCAGAGCGGGGAAUGCCCCUACAACGACCACUGCCAGUUCGCUCACGGCAUCGAGGAACUUCGACCUGUCAUCCGCCACCCUCGCUACAAAACAGAGCUCUGCAAGAUGGUGGUUGCCGGAGAGACCUGUCCAUACGGCCAUCGCUGCCACUUUCGUCAUGCUCUCACGGACGAGGAGAGGGUCUCUGCUACCCGUCUUCAGUGAUAUUCUUUUUCCCCUGAAUACAGCAUUGGCUCUUUAAUAUUGUGACCGAUCGAUAGGUUGUGGUUCCCUUGUUUGCCCCUCUCGUUUUUCCCGGUGCUAGAGAUCGAGACAAGGGACUGGAGUUUGAAGAGGAACUGGUGUGGGCCCCGGAGAUCAAUCCUUUUAUGUUCUUCUCGAUCGUGAUCAUCAUGGGCUUGUUUAGGAAAUCAGAAAUAUUUUUAGGUAACAACCGUCUUUCCUUGAAGCUCGAGUGAAGAACAAAAGAAGACAACGUCGUUAUCAUUUCUGAUUAACUUACUUACAAACAUGUAAAUCUCACUCACUCGCUCGCUCUCUCUCUCUCUUUGUGCGUUGUGCCUGGACCAUAUUUCUGUUUCUAUUCCGUUUCUCAGAUUUUGACAGACGAUGGAGAAUGAAUGAAACAAGAGGCUCGCGGGCAACAACGAGGACAAGGUAGGGAAGAAUGGGAGUAAUGCAACAAGACACUUAUUCAGCGGGUUCAGCUAAAUGGUUAUGAACGUUAGCUACCAUUGCCUACAUUGGCCGGUUAAUAGUCUCCUCAAUAUGUUGUCAUCUCAAGUAGUGGAGAGGCACUCUUAAGCAGUGGUGCAGAUCCUUCCUGCCGUAGAGCCAUGGGCGCAAGUCCAGUGCUUUCUAACAGCAACAACAUGUGUUAUCUGUCGUAGACAUAUAUUAUCUGUUGUCUGCUUAGCAUCAUAACAAAUAGCAGGAGCAUAAAAACAAACAUAUGCAUGUAGAGAUUAGGCGAUUUUCAUAUGUAACUAUGUUCGUAGAGUAAUAAAAAAUGUUGCAGAUUA